AUGUCAUUAGCUACCCAUUUCUCAGCAUUCCUUUUCCUUUUUACACUAGGCAUUCGCUGUCUUAUCUGCUGCAUCUCCAAUUACCUUAAAAACCCAUCACUCUACAGAUCAAGAACUUGGUAUUUCUCAGAACCCAAAUGGAAAAAUCUUGAUUUAUAUUCUCUUCUAAUCAUCCUUCCCAUUGCCUCAUUUUCUCAUGUAUUUCUCUUCCUAGCUUUUUCAGGCACCAACAUAACUUAUAAAUUCUCAUUCUUGCAGCAAUCUUUAGUCAUUUUCCUCUUUUGGGUACUCUUAAUUCUCAUCAUAAUUAAAGAAAGUUUUGAUCUUUAUGCAAUUCUUGAUAGUUUUGUUUACUGUUUUGCUGGUGUUUCUUUUGCCGUUGAAUUCUUGAUGAAUGGGAAAGGACUUGUUGGUCUUAGUGGUAAUGUGUAUGGACAUUUAGGAGAAUUGGGACUUGUUUGUGCUGGUUGUUGUUUGUGUUUAGCAGUAAAUCCAUGUGCAUUUUUCGUGGAGUUUUUGUUUUCCUCUGUGCUUGUAUUGAAAGGGACUUGGGUUUUGCAAGUGGGGUUGUUGUUAUAUACUGAUGUGUUUUGUGUAAAAGGGUGUGGGAAUCUUCUGGCGGCAUUAGCAAAGGGGAAGAAUGAUGUUAAAUGUGAUCUUGAUGAGAAUAAGUUGAGGGGAAUUGCAUUGAUGAAUCUGUUGUUUAUAGUGCACGUUGUCGUGGUGAUGAUCUUGAGCUUGGGGUUGUUUGCGUUGUUGAAUAAGAGUAAGAGGAUGAGAUGUGGUGAUACUAGUGGACCAUUGCUAGCACAGGUUGGAUCGGAGGGCGUGUUGAUGCGUCCGCUUCCUGAAUUAGAGAUAGAAUGA